AUGAAAAAACUAUAAUAAAUAGAGAAUAUUAAGCCUGUUAAUACAGAAUUUAGAUUAUGUGAUUUAAAUUAUCUAUUAAAUGGUAAAUAUUAUUAAAUUAUAAAAGGAAGUAAACCAAAAGAGAAAUAUUUAUUGCAUCAUGUGUUUUAAUAUUUCCAUUAGGAUUUAGAACUUGCUAAAAAAUUAACAAAUUUAUUACUAAAAUAUGAAAACCCAAAUGAAUAUGACAAAGAGAAAUGGACUCCUUUACAUUUAGCUGUGAGAUAUAAUUAAAAUAAAGCAGUGAUUUAUGCCUAAUAAAUUGGAUAAUUUAAUUUUCAUCUUCUUGCAGGAUAAUAAGGUUUAUCAUUAAUGCAUUUAGCUGUUCUUAAAAGUAAUUAUGAAAUUAUCGAAAUUUUGAUUGUAAUUUAUUUAAUUAACAAUUAGGAAGAGAAAGUAUCAUUAUUUACAGAAAAUGCAGAUGGAAUAUUACCAAGAAGAUUUGCUCUUUAAUCUCCAGUUAAUUUAAAAAUGAUUAAGAAAUAUGAAAAUUAAUAAAUAAUGAGAUUUUUAAUAGAUCUUGAAGAUAUUGAUGAUGAUGAAUCUACUUAAGCAAAUAAAAUUUAAAAUUUGAAUGUUUCCUAAUAAUCAAUUAAAUAAGGAGAAGCAAAUGAUGUUCUCAUUACUAGACCAAAAGUAUCAUUAACAUACCAUGUUUAAUUGAAAUAAUUCAAUCCACAAUAUUUAAAAUGUGAAAGAUUUUAUGAAAAUGCUUUGAGUAUAAUAUUUGAAGGAACUGAUGUACUUAUUUGAUAUGCGCUAGAGUAAGAGCUUUAUACAAGUAUGGUACUGUUGUUAUCUUUGAGCAAUGAUAAGUUUCCAAUAAAACACAUUUAAUAAUUAGUUGAAUAAUUAAAUGUUACAAUACCAAUACUUAGAUAAGACUAUUUUGAUAUUGAAAAUAAAUUUGAACAAUACAGUAGGAAAAUAAAAAAGGAUUUGGUUUAUGCAAUAUAAGAUUAUAGAAUAGUAUAUAAAUAUUAAAUAUGUAGAAAUUGAAAGGGAUUCCAAAUAUCUUUGGAGAACCAAAAAAUUAAGAGGCUAUUAAUAAUUUGAAAAGAUUUACUUCAAAUAAAUUAGAAUAUGACAUUAAAAAUUAUACAGCUGUAUUUCCAAUGCAUUAAUUAAUGCAACAGAUUCAAAGAUUGAGUUAAUUCUCAUAUUUUAGUUUAUUGAUUUGUGGAUAUCCAAAGAUUAAAUUUCAAUCUAAUCAUCUUGUGUUGCAUCAAUUUGAAUAUUUAAAUUAGUUGGAAUAAUAUUGUCUAAGUGAAUCAUCAAGAAUGAAAGAGUGGAAUGGUAAUGAAUCAAUUAAAAAUUUGGAUAAACAAUUGAAAUUUUAAAAUAUUUAUAAUAAUUAUUAAUUAUGAAUAAAUAACAAUAAGAAGCUAUUUAGAAAAAUCAUUAUGGUAAACUAGAAUUUUGGGAAAGAAGAUAUUCAGAGUAUAGUUUAGAAUUAUUCUAGAAAUGAUAAGCCAUUUGAAUGGUAUUAAAAUUAUGAUAACUUAAAAGACAUUGUUACAUAAUAUAUUAAUCAAAAUAGUCGUAUUCUCAAUAUUGGAUGUGGAAAUUCAAGUAUCAUAAUUAAUACUCCAAUCCAUAGAUAUACCUGAAGAUAUGUAUAAAGAAGGUUAUUAAUGGAUAGUUAAUCUAGACUUUUCUAAAACAGUUAUUGAAUUUAUGAAAGAUAAGUAUAAAUCUUAUCCUGCUCAUUUUUAAUGUAAUCAAAAUAGAUAUAUAAAGAUGUAUUGGCUGAUGCAAGAGAUUUACCAUUUCCAAAUGAUUCAUUUGAUUGUGUAUUUGACAAAGGAUUAUUGGAUGCAGUUUUAAGUGGAGAUUAUUCAGCAUAAAAUUCGAAAAAAGUCAUAAAUCACAUCUACAGAGCCCUAAAAAAAGAUACUGGUGUUUAUAUUAUUAUAUCUCAUGGAUUCCCUGAUUAAAGACUUCCAUAUUUAAGUAAAUCUGAAUAUAAUUGGAAAAUUACAUACAGCAAAGUGUAUAAACCAGAUGUCAGAACUAAAAGUUUAGAAUUCGAUGCUACAGAUCUAAAUAAUUAUCAUUUCAUAUAUGUUUGCAAAAUGGAUAGAUAUCAAGGUUAAACUGCUGCUUAAGUCAUUGGAAUUUGA